CACCAUAUCGGCGCUUUCCUUCCGAUUUCCUCUUGCUCCCUCUCCCUCAAAAGACAAGAGAAAAGGAAAAAAAAAAAAUCAUCGAAUCGCUUUCACACCUGGAAAAGCUCGGAAAAAAUAAUUUAUACAGAGCUUAUUUUAGCUCACUUCUUACAUAACCCCAGAUCGAUUUAGGGUUCGUUUGAUUCAUCUGUGAUUGCGACAGCUAGAGAUCUCUGUCUGGUGUUUUUCUUGUUUUUGUUGGGUUUAUGUUCCAUGGCGGAUCGCGGAUCUUUCGGAUUUGCUCCUCGAUUAGAUAUCAAGCAGUUGCUGUCAGAAGCACAACACAGGUGGCUGAGACCUGCUGAGAUUUGUGAAAUUCUUCGGAAUCAUCAGAAGUUUCAUAUUGCCUCCGAACCUCCCAACCGACCACCCAGUGGUUCACUCUUUCUCUUUGAUAGGAAGGUGCUCAGAUAUUUCCGAAAAGAUGGGCACAACUGGAGGAAGAAGAAAGAUGGGAAAACGGUUAAAGAGGCUCACGAAAAGCUGAAGGUAGGAAGCAUUGAUGUGCUACAUUGUUACUACGCCCAUGGAGAAGAUAAUGAGAACUUCCAGAGGCGGUGCUACUGGAUGCUUGAACAGGAUCUGAUGCACAUUGUUUUUGUUCACUACUUGGAGGUUAAGGGUAACCGGAUGAGUACCGGUGGAACUAAAGAAAACCAUUCAAAUUCGUUGAGUGGCACCGGCUCUGUAAAUGUUGAUUCAACAGCAACCCGAUCCAGCAUAUUGUCACCAUUAUGUGAAGAUGCUGAUUCUGGGGAUAGUCGUCAAGCAAGUUCCAGUUUGCAACCAAAUCCUGAACCUCAAACUGUUGUUCCUCAGAUAAUACAUCAUCAGAAUGCUAGCACAAUGAAUUCUUAUAAUACCGCCUCUGUUUUGGGAAAUCCAGAUGGUUGGACGUCAGCUCCUGGCAUUGGAGUUGUUUCGCAGGUUCAUGGGAACAGAGUAAAAGAAAGUGACUCCCAAAGAUCAGGUGAUGUCCCAGCAUGGGACGCUUCCUUUGAGAAUUCAUUGGCAAGAUACCAGAAUCUACCUUAUAAUGCUCCGUUGACUCAGACACAGCCUCUUCAAAAUCAAGUAAAUUGGCAGGAAAGCGUGCCAUUGCAAAAAUGGCCCAUGGAUUCGCAUUCUGGUAUGACUGAUACUACUGAUCUUGCCUUAGUUGGGCAAAGAGGACAUGAAAAUUUCGGGACAUUUUCCAGUCUUCUUGGCAGUCAAAAUCAGCAGCCUAGUAGUUUUCAAGCUCCUUUUACUAAUAAUGAAGCAGCAUAUAUACCUAAAUUAGGCCCGGAGGAUCUUAUAUAUGAAGCAAGUGCAAACCAAACGCUACCUCUUAGAAAAGCAUUGUUAAAAAAAGAGGAUAGUUUGAAAAAGGUUGACAGCUUUUCUCGGUGGGUUAGUAAAGAACUUGGGGAGAUGGAGGACUUGCAGAUGCAGUCUUCAUCUGGAGGUAUUGCAUGGACUUCUGUUGAAUGUGAAACUGCAGCAGCUGGGUCUUCCUUAAGUCCUUCUCUGUCCGAGGAUCAGCGCUUCACUAUGAUCGACUUUUGGCCCAAAUGGACUCAGACAGACUCAGAAGUUGAGGUAAUGGUUAUUGGGACAUUUCUGUUGAGUCCUCAGGAAGUAACUAGCUACAGCUGGUCAUGCAUGUUUGGAGAAGUGGAGGUUCCAGCUGAGAUUUUAGUAGAUGGUGUUCUUUGUUGUCACGCUCCGCCACAUGAAGUCGGUCGAGUCCCAUUCUAUAUUACAUGUUCUGACAGAUUCUCUAGCAGUGAAGUACGAGAAUUCGAUUUCCUUCCUGGGUCUACCAGAAAGUUAAAUGCUACUGACAUUUAUGGUGCCAAUACAAUAGAAGCAUCACUUCAUUUGCGAUUUGAAAGUUUGCUGGCACUCAGAUCUUCUGUUCAGGAACACCAUAUAUUUGAAAAUGUUGGGGAGAAACGAAGAAAAAUCAGCAAAAUCAUGUUGCUGAAGGAUGAAAAAGAGUCGUUUCUUCCCGGAACAAUUGAGAAAGAUUUAACAGAGGUGGAAGCAAAAGAGCGACUGAUUAGGGAAGAGUUUGAAGAUAAAUUAUAUCUGUGGCUCAUCCAUAAGGUGACUGAAGAGGGCAAGGGUCCGAAUAUAUUAGAUGAAGAUGGACAGGGUGUUCUACAUCUUGCCGCAGCGCUUGGGUACGAUUGGGGGAUAAAGCCAAUAUUAGCAGCAGGAGUGAGCAUCAACUUCCGCGAUGCAAAUGGGUGGUCUGCUCUUCAUUGGGCUGCAUUCAGUGGCAGAGAGGAUACUGUCGCUGUACUUGUCUCUCUGGGUGCUGAUGCUGGAGCUUUGGCGGACCCAUCUCCAGAGCAUCCUUUGGGUAAAACAGCUGCGGACUUGGCUUAUGGAAAUGGACAUAGGGGAAUAUCGGGUUUCCUUGCAGAGUCAUCCCUCACUAGCUACCUUGAAAAGCUAACAGUGGACGCUAAAGAAAACAGCUCCGCUGACUCCUCUGGAGCAAAAGCUGUUCUAACAGUAGCUGAGCGAACAGCUACGCCUAUGAGUUAUGGUGAUGUACCAGAAACACUUUCGAUGAAGGAUUCACUUACUGCUGUCCUUAAUGCUACACAAGCAGCUGAUCGUCUUCAUCAAGUGUUCAGGAUGCAGUCGUUCCAGCGGAAACAGCUCUCUGAACUUGGUGGUGACAACGAAUUUGAUAUAUCCGACGAGUUAGCUGUUUCUUUUGCAGCUGCGAAGACUAAGAAGCCAGGGCACAGUAAUGGUGCUGUUCAUGCUGCUGCAGUUCAAAUCCAGAAAAAAUAUCGUGGUUGGAAGAAGAGAAAGGAGUUCCUUCUGAUCCGACAAAGAAUCGUCAAGAUUCAGGCUCAUGUGAGAGGGCAUCAAGUCCGGAAACAAUACCGAGCCAUUAUUUGGUCCGUAGGAUUACUUGAGAAAAUCAUAUUGCGAUGGAGGCGUAAAGGUAGUGGCUUACGCGGUUUCAAACGGGAUACAAUCACCAAGCCAGCGGAACCUGUAUGUCCUGCCCCACAAGAAGAUGACUAUGAUUUUCUCAAGGAAGGAAGGAAACAAACAGAGGAAAGGCUUCAAAAGGCUCUAACCCGAGUGAAGUCUAUGGCUCAAUAUCCAGAGGCAAGGGCUCAAUACCGUAGACUAUUGACUGUCGUAGAAGGCUUCCGUGAGAACGAGGCUUCUUCUUCUAGCUCAGCAUUGAAAAACAACAAUAGCAACACAGAGGAAGCUGCAAAUUACAACGAGGAAGACGAUUUAAUCGACAUUGAUUCUCUUCUGGAUGACGACAGUUUCAUGUCUCUUGCAUUUGAAUAAAAGAUCACUGCAACUGAGGGUAAAAAAACUCGUACAUAAAAAAAAAAAAAACAUCCCUCUGGUAUACACAACAUCGUCAACAACAAUGCUUUCUAACAUUUUAUGUUUAGGUUUCCAUGUAAAUACAUACAGCUGGAAUAGAAAUCUCUCUACAUAGCUUGUGUUGAGAGUGACGGAUUUUAUUGUUUUAGUUUGGGGGGGUUUGGUCCGGGAUAUAGAGACUUGUUCUUUUUUUUUUUUCAGUUGUAUGUAAUGUUACCUAUAGAUUCCUGUCGCCUAGGAAAAAAUGCCUUUUGUACACAAACCAGUUGGGUUAUUUUACAUUGUUUACAUGGUGA